CUGCCACAAAAGGCUCUCUAGGAGACAGGGACCUUGAGAAAAAAAAUCUGGCAUCAGCAAAUAUGUUGUGACCUUUUCAUCAUUGGAGUGCCUGGCUGUUGCUCUGCUUUAUUACUCUGAAUGUUUUCCAAAGGGGGAAUCUGGAAGGUGGGAGCAACAGCAUGAGUAUUAUUCUUAAAUGUUAUAGCCUAGGUUGGGAUUGAUGCAAAGAAGGUGAAGAGGAACACAUGAGAGGCAAUCACUGAAAGCAUAAGAGAUCUGUAAGUGAAAUUUCAGGGGAAAUUCUGUGAAGUGUGGGGGAAAAAAAUGGAUCUGAAAGGAAGAAAUAAACUUCAAAAAAUAAAUAGCUAGUAACUUUAACUCCAAAAAACCAAUUACUUCAAAUCAAGCAAGUAUUUUUGCCACGAUCAAUGGUUUUACAAUAUAAUUUGCAACAAAAGUAAUUUUGAAACAUAAGACUAAAAGGCUCCAAUUUUCAAUUUUCUAGGUCUUGUUUUUAGACAAAAUAUAGUUUCUACAGGGUACAGCUUGAGAAAGCUGACUUAAGGCACCAGUAAGCAAGUGGCAUAUGUUUUUCAGGUGUUUAUUCCCCAGUGUCUUCCUAUCCCUCCUCUUCGUGUCUGUAGAAGGCUCAGGGAUUCCUUCCAGGCCUUUUUAAAAUUAAACUGUUUUCCAGAAUCAUGGGCUAACAGAUGGAGAAGAGUUGUCAUCAGCUAGCCAAAGUAAACAUCGUUGCAAAGAGUUUUCGGCAAUAGCUAUGCAUAAUUAUGCAAUUCGGUCAUCUUUCAGUUGAACUUCAGGGGAUUGCAUAAAUCUAGGGAUGUACCUGACCAGUCUUCCCAUGUUCUUAUUGGGUGCUGCAGUUCAUUGUGGUAACUUUGUACAGAGCUUCACCUACAUGAAGAAUAUGAGGCUUUGAAGCAAAUAAGAGACCCUAUUCACACCUGCAGGCACCUGCAGAAGAGCUGGUCUGCCUCUGCUCUGUUGGCUCACUGGUGGGAGCUGUGGGGUGUGGGUGCCUCCGGGCGACUGAAAGUGCUCUUCAUGUUGAGGUGAGUGAUGACCUGUAUGUAACACUGACAGGAGGCAGCAGGAGAGGCUUUAGGUGGUCUUGUUCCCAGGAUCAAGCAGCUUCAGAGCUGGUUUCAUAGGGUGUCAUGGGCACAGAGAAGGGAUUUCUCCUUGUACUGAGCUAAUUUUCAUUGACCCGACAAUGCUGAGCAUUUCCUCACCAUUCUGUGGAAGUCCUGCAUAAAAAGGUCCUGACAUGUUGUCUUUAAUUUUUCAAAUUCCAAAUUUCCAGAGCUGAAUGGGGGAGCAAAUAUCACACGGAGCUGAGAAAGAUAUGAAAUAAAAAUUCCCCAAAGUUAGCUAGAAAAUCCAGAUACUUUCUCUGGGUUAUGUUUUAGUCUCCCAGUUAACAUGCUCUUGCUGCCUGCUCAGUAAUUUGUCGGAAAUGGGGAAGAAGAAUCCAGACUUGGCAAGCUGGUGCUGCAGACAGAUUUUGUCAGAUGAAAUCCCAGUAGACAUUAGUCCAACAUCAACAGCUCCUGAGCUAUCACAUGGGAAUGCGCAAGGAGAUAAAACCAACAUCCUAAAGGGUGGAUCCUCUAUUUUAAGGGGCAGAGAAGGGAAUCUGGCUAAUGUAAAUUUUUCUUUUCUUUGUGGAGUCGUUCAGAGAAACGAUGGAAAAUGCUGGUUCCAAACACAGAUACAAUUCUGGCUUUUCUUGAAUUCUUCACUUCAUUUAAAGUUGCUUAACUUCUCUCUCUUGCCUUUUCCUACAUGUGAAGAGAGGUUAAUCCUAUCUGCCUUUACCUCAGAGGGAUUGUGAGGGCAGAGUUUGGAAAAGAAUUUGCUGUCUAUGCAAAGAAUCCACAAGUGACUGCAAGGGAAAAAAACCCAGACCUACCAUUGGGAAACUCCAGCACCAGUCGACUACUUUCUGGAAGUGGAGUGUUCUGUUACAUAAACAUCCUUGAAGCUUUGCAGAAGGGCUGUUAAGAGUUCAGUGGGUUGAACUGCAAUCCUUCAAGUUCAUCUGUUGACUCCAACACAAAACUAUUAUAAACUGUGCCUCUAAAACACGUGAUGAAACAUUUCUUGAGAGCUAUUUAUUCCAACUGCAGCAGAGGAAAGUUUUCAGAACACCCGGCAUUUGGUAGAGGAAAGAUCUCCUGAGCUUUGCAAAAGGAGGAAUUAUUUGCAUACCAACGCUUUAGCUGUAGUAAAACACUUCCCAUGCUGAAGAUGGACCAUGCAAACAUGACCCAAGCCGUGCUUGAUGCUGAAUCCCGCAACAUGGAGAAGAACAAUGGCAACGAGUACUUUUACAUUCUGAUCGUCAUGUCUUUCUACGGGAUCUUCCUGAUAGGGAUAAUGCUUGGCUACAUGAAAUCCAAAAGACAAGAGAAGAAGUCCAAUUUGCUUCUGCUCUACAAAGAUGAGGAGAGAGAAUGGGGUGAAGCUGUGAAGCCUCUACCAACCAUAUCGGGGCUGAAAUCUGUCCAGAUCCCCAUGAUGCUGAACAUGCUGCAGGAGAGCAUGGUGCCGUCCCUGUCCUGCACCAUCUGCUCGAUGGAAGGCAGCAGUGUGAGCUCCGAAUCCUCCUCCCCAGACGUGCACUUCACCAUCCAGGAGGAAGUGCUGGAUGCUGAACUGGGGGAAGUGUCAGAAACGCUCCUCAAUGAGAGCAGCGAGGGAUCUGCGGAAAACAUCCACAAGAACUCCUAGCACUUGCAUGGCUCCCUUGAUCAGCUGCCAGAGUGUGAGUGGAGCUCCCACUAAGAACUUGUGGUUCUACUUUCCUGCUCUCCAAUGAACUGUGAACAGGUAUCUGUGCCCCUGGGCCUGAGGUCUUCCUGAGAGCUGGCAGGACAAGCAAGCAGUGGUACCCAACUCCAAAGUGUAACUUGCACAUAAUUGGGAUGCUUAAUUUUAAUUUUUGCAUUAUUAUUAUUUCUUACCGUAGGAGCUAAGAACGAGGAGAAUAUAUAUAUAUUUUCUAAUGAGGUAACUAUUACUGACAUGUCUCUGCAUAUUUCAGGUUUCUGCAAAUAUCUGGGAAAUGUUUAGGGAAGUUACCCUAACGCAAGUGCCUGGUUGUUAAAGACGAUGGGUAAUGCUCAUUCACACAAAACUGUGAUAGACUAGAAGUACUUUUACUGUGUUUUUCUUAUAACAAACCACAGCCAACAGCAGAUUUGCUCAAUGCGGCCUCAAAAGCUGAAAAUCUGUCAAUGCUAUAGUUGAAGGGAGAGUGCAGCAUGGCUGGAAACUGACUUUAGGCACAGAAAUAAUGAAAGAAAAAGAAAAAAAAAAAGAUGCACUGAAUUUCUAGGAGGUUUGUAAAGCCCAGUUUCAGAUCCAUGCCACUAUAUCUAUCUUUGCUUAAAUUGUACCUGUACUGGCUGGAUCAGGUUCACCAACUUCUGCUGCAAUGCAGCCUUUGACCGAGUUACUAGUAGGAAAAGUGGUUUUAUUUUUCGCUUUUGUAUUUUUUAAAGAUACAUACAUUUGAUCACUAAAGGCAAAGAUCUGUAAGUUAAAGAAGACAUUAAAAGAUCUUUGUUACAAGAUGUAAGAUGUAGAAAGGCUUGAACAAAUGCUGCUUUGUUACACCCCCUUGAAAAAUAGGUGGAAUUCGGGAUAGAAUUUAACCUAGCAGGGGUGAAAUCCUGGCCCCACUGAAUUCAUCAGCUGAGUCCUCCUGACUUCAGGGGACAUGCACAAGAUUUUGUGCUUCUCUGUUGGAGUUAAAUUCUCCAUUUGAGGUCAGUACAACCGUACCCAUUUACAUCAUUAAAGAAUCUAGACUUUCUGCUCUAUUUAAGCCAGUGUAGAUAAACAUUGCAUCACAUCUUUUUUUUUUUGUCAGCUCGCAUGUGACACAUGCAUUUCUUCUAUAAAGUCAUUAGUAACUAGUUUUUAAAACCACCACAAACUUCCCUCCACUAAUUUAAUGGUACUGUGAUUUUUUCAAAUGCUCAUGAAAUUAGUUACUAAAUUUUUGCACUGUUAAAAAUGUAAGAAUGCAUAAAAAUAAAAGAAUAAAUAUUUCAAUCAUACCUUAUAUUUUAUAAUAACUUAUUACAAUGUUUGGAUUAGUUCUGAAGCAUGAGGGCUGAAGAGCCUGAAUCUAAAGCAUUGCACGGCAAAAUGUUUGCAAAAAUGUCUCCACAUAUUUCCUGUGCUAAAAUAGCUCUGUGAUUUAUCCACUGGCAUUAGAGCUUGAGAGACAGCUUGAAAAACAUGAACGCUGAACAGCAGAAACGAACUGAGGCAAGAGUCUGCUGUACUUCUGCCAUUUAGAAGGGAGAACUCUGCUUUUGACUUGGAGGGUUAAUAUGAUGUAGCCUACAGAGGUAUCACUGUCUCUCUCUAAACACAGCAGAACAAAGGCUCCAUUGUGCUCAGAAAGGCCUGAUUCGGUUCAGAUUGAAGGCAGUGGGAGUUUUUCCAUCAACUUCAGUGAACUUUGGAUCAGACCAUAUAAAGCUUUUUGGUAGAUUUACUCCAAAAGGGGCUGUUUUAAGUUUGAAAGAAGCCAAAUUAAGUUUGGCACUUUGCCUGGAAUCACUUGAAUCCUGAAACUUUCCAAAUGAGAUUGACAUGCACGAGUUGUCACAUUUUCCAUUGCUUUCUCCUUCGUCAUUUUACUUUUGGUAUAAGUGUAUUUGUAUCUGUAAAAAACCGAUGUAUAUAAUUCCUAACAUUGAGUUGUAUAUAAUUGUCUCAUGUAUUUAAAGUUUAUUGUUUCUACUGGCACAAAUUUUUAUUUAAAUAAAGAAACACGUUUCCUGGAAAA